GGGAGACCCCCAAUUGGGCGGGGCCGACCGUGGGGUUGGGGAGGGCAGGGGGCGGGGAGGAGGAGGAAGGCGCUGGCGGGCAGUGAUGGCGGCGGGUGAUGGGGACGUGAAGCUAGGCACCCUGGGGAGUGGCAGUGAGAGCAGCAGCGACGGCAGCAGCGAGAACCCAGGCGGCGCGGGAGCAACAGCAGAAGGAGGAGGCUGGGCGGCAGCGGCUUUGGCGCUUUUGACGGGGGGCGGGGAGAUGCUGCUGAACGUGGCGCUGGUGGCGCUGGUGCUGCUGGGGGCCUACCGGCUGUGGGUGCGCUGGGGGCGGCGGGGUCUGGGCACCGGGGCCGGGGCGGGCGAGGAGAGCCCCGCCGCCUCUCUGCCUCGCAUGAAGAAGCGGGACUUCAGCUUGGAGCAGCUACGCCAGUACGACGGGUCCCAGACCCCGCGCAUCCUGCUCGCGGUCAAUGGGAAAGUCUUCGACGUGACCAAAGGCAGCAAGUUCUACGGCCCGGGUGAGGAGUUGGAAGGGGAGGGGGAGGAACCCCUGCCUCUCGGGCACGACCCUCUUCUGACAGGGAGGCGUCUGGGCACCGGGUUAGCUUGCUCAGCCUUUCAAUCGCCUGGACCCUCGCGCCUUGGCAGCGGCACCUGAGGCGGCCCGCCUCGCCUCACACUCCCCUGCCUCCCCCCAGCUGCAGGCUGCUCCACCUUUUCCCCCCAAAAGUCGGGAUCCCGGAGGCGCCCCAAAGACCAGCUCUCAACAUUCGUCUUUCUUACAUGCCAUUUCUCUUUGCAACCUUACUUGUGUCGAAUUGUUCAAAAUCCUUAUAGUUGUCACCCGUCACGCUGGCCCUUAAGCCUUUCCUGAGUUUUCUGAUUCCUG